UGAUGUCAAAGCAGGAUGUUGCUGUUGGAGGUGGUCGAGGUGCAGCUCUGUUCAACUGUUCUGUUUCCAGCUGCAGCUAAUGAUUAUUUUCAUUAGGGAUGAAUCUGCUGAUUAGCCUGCUUUCUCCAUUACUUCGCUGACUGGUUUGUAAAAAUUGUGAAAAUAUGCAGAAACAUGGUCUCUUGUUGGACAUUUCAAGCCUCUCAUGGCCCCUGGUGGCCAUGGGGCCCCGGGCAGACGCUGAGCUCGCUGGCACCUCGGGCCGUCUCUGUAUUCAGGAGUUUCCUUUAGGUUGCCACUGGUCUGUAGCUGCAACAAGCUGACAGUAAAAUGUGAAUUAAGUAUCCCAAUGAAGCCAGUAACAGGUUGCACACCGACCUUAUAUGAAUCUGCCGCGUCUGGUUUUCAUGCUUGUGUUUGCUCAGUAAUUACAGCGCCGCCCUUCACCUACUUUCGUUUUCGCUCCAAAGUGAAAGUAAACCUCAGCCAGUGUGUGUUUGAAUGUGUUGUCUGCGUUUUCAUCCAUGAAACGUGUCAUUAACGAUAAUUACGAUCAAGCUGAACACAUUCGUCGUGGUCUUUGGUGAAAGAGAUGGCCGGGUGGCACCGUAAUGACAGCUCCCAGGUGAGAGACGCCCUUCAACAAGACAACCACCCUGAGAGUAGUCACACUGACAAACACCAGCCUCAGAAAGAACACAGCAGCAAAGACACACCACACCAGGCCUGCCCCUCCUCCUCCUCGCCCCCUGGAUCCCCCAGCACCGGUGAUGCCAGAGAGAGGCAGGUGGAAGGGAGGGAGCCAAUGAGGCCCAAGGGCUCACCAUCAUGUUGUCAGCUGAAUGAGCUGAGGCGACUUCCACAGUGCCACAACAAGCUGGGGAAACUGACCUUCGACAGGACGCACACCGUCCUUGUAGAUGUGUCUUAUUUCAACUGUGGAGGAGGAAUUAAGCCUCAGCGAGGGAGACUCCUGUGGGACAGAAACUUUGUGAAGAUGCCGUACUCGCCAGAAAACAAAAUCAACAAGACUGGAUUCCUCAUGUCACAGACCCAGGGGCAGAGGUGGGAGGUGAUCUCGAAGAAGCUGAAGGAUGUGGCCAGUAGGAAAGCAGCGAACGUUGAUCAGGUGGAGGAGGCGAUCAUCAAAUAUAACCCAAAGUAUAAAGGACAGUGGUCAUUUGAUGCCCUCUCCUCCUUCGUUAAGUGUAUCCCAGAACAAGAAAACUACUUCUCCACGCUGUUUCCAAAGAUCGCAGAUUUGGCCUUGAGGCUGCCUGACCAAGUACAGAAGGCCAUCCCGCUGCUUCAGAAGGAACGCCCUGUAGCUGUCACCCUGUCACAGGAGCAGAUAUCCUGCCUGCUAGCUAACGCCUUCUUCUGCACCUUCCCUCAUCGCAACGUGUCCGGACCAAACGCCGAGUACCACAACUACCCCAGCAUCAACUUCACCAGCCUGUUUGGAAACUGGUCACUCCGGAAGAAAGAGAAGCUGCGGGCUAUCAUGCAUUAUUUUAACGUGGUCACGAACGAGAACAGUAAACCGAAAGGACUGGUGACGUUUGAGAGGCGAUGUCUCAGAGACACAGACACACACAACUGGGACAGCUGUAAGGAGACACUGCAUAAACUGCAUGUCACAUCAGACGGCAGCAUCGAGACUGAAGGUACAGGGCUGCUGCAGGUGGACUUUGCUUCCAGCUCGAUCGGUGGAGGUGUGCUGGGCUCUGGUCUGGUGCAGGAAGAGAUCCUGUUCCUCAUGAGCCCAGAGCUGAUUGUGUCCCGCCUCUUCACCGAGAAACUCUCAGACAACGAGUGUCUGAUCAUCACAGGCUGCCAGCAGUUCAGCCGUUACUCUGGUUUCAGUGACAGCUUCGAGUGGGCGGGGCCAUACGAGGACUACCUGGAAAGAGAUAAGUGGGGUCGGAUGAAGAGGCAGAUCCUAGUGAUGGACGCGCUGAACUUCAAACGCAGACAGGAGCAGUACAGUAUGAUCAACGUGAUACGGGAACUCAACAAGGCAUACUGUGGAUUUAAGGGACAGGGGCCCAAUGAGCCGGACAUCGCCACGGGCAAAUGGGGCUGUGGAGCCUUCAACGGAGACCCGCAGCUCAAAGCUGUGAUCCAGCUGAUGGCAGCAGCAAAGGCCAGGAGAGGAUUGGCCUUCUUCACCUUCAGGGACCGCGUCCUGGAACAGGGCCUGCAGGACAUCUACCGCCUGCUGGUCACAGAGGGGAUCACAGUUGAUAAACUGUACAGACAGCUGGAGGACUACUGCGGGGUGCAGCAGGCACGUGGUGAUCAACAUGUGGAUCUGUUCCAGUUCAUCACAAACAAUGUCCAACACUACAGGAGCCAUCUGUGAGGACACAUUCCUGAUCUUGUCUGCAUCUGAAUUUGCACUAAAAUCUAAGAUUACAGAAAUGAAGAGGAGGUUACUUAAUCUGAGCUGUGCUUUACUCCUUGCCACUGUGUUGUCACCUCAGAUGGCUGCAGCUGCUCAAACUGUCGCUAAUUAAUGUUAAUUCUGUGAGGAGGAACAUGACGACAGGCCAAAAUAAAACUUAUCUGUAGUUCCAACAGAGUGAGACAUCACCUCUUUAGAGGAUCUCACCAUGUCACAUCUCCAGUCAACCUUUAUUCACAACUUAUUAACAGUUUAAGCUUCUGACCUUGAUUUUGUACCAGGACCUUUAUUGUUUGGAUCAAGUAGCUUGUGAGAAAUGCAGUUGUUUUACUGUCUGACAUCAACACUUAAGUAAAUAAUCAGCCUCAUCAGCAGAUUUCUGAUGUUGAAUGACUCUGAUUGGGAUCAGAAACUGAAAUCAGAACCAGGACGUCCCAGAUGAGAAGAGACAGGAGAAGUUUGAUGAUUUAGUUUUUUAAAAAUUCUGUUUGUGUUUUGAUCAUUGGAGAAAAUUAUUAUUCAUCAUUAUUAAUUGAUUUGAUUUGAUUUGAUUUAUUCUUUCAAGCAUAUAAAACAGUUGAUAAUCAAUUUGCU